AACCCUAAUACUGAUGCCCACAGCAAAUUCCUUCCGCCUCUCUCUUCUAUCCGUUCUCCUCCUCCUUUCUUUAUCGAACAGACGGAGACUCGGUCGGGGAGAGAACUCAGAGACGACUCAGACGAGACGGAGACAACCUCGAGCCCUUGACCACUCCAGGCGCCACGGUGAUCCCACCCCGACGCGACGCCGGCGCUGCUCUGAUCUCACCCCGACGGUCGUAGCCGUACUCUCUGAAGGGUGAAGCACAGACGACUCCCGACUCCGUCCCUCUGGUCUCGCGCUCACACUCCGACGCUCCUCCAGUUCUCGCUGCUCUCCGAUACGAGUCUCCGCUGUAAUGUCAAUUGAAGCCCGAUUGAGCUCUCGAUUGUCAACUGAGCCCUAACCCGAUUGAGUCUCUCUAUACUCACAUUCCGUGUCCGAUUGCACAGUCGAUUGAAGUUCGUCCGCCUCCAGCCCUCGUCCUCGGCAUAUAUAAAGCUGUUUCUUCAUGGCCGGAUUUGAUACCUCCUGAAUAUCUGGACGAACUGUUGCUGUUGCUAGAUAAAAUAGCUCCAUUUUCUACUGAGGUUGCUUUCAAUACAAUAGAAACGGAACUCAACUUGCCCAUUGAUGAGUUAUUUGCGGAGAUUUCACCAGAGCCUAUAGCAGUAGCAUCCCUUGGACAGCGAAAAACAGGGGGCCUCUGAAAGCCACAAUGUAAUGUCGUCCUCAUCCUCAGACGAUCCAGCGGUAGGCCACGAGUAUGAGGUCUUCCUGAGUUUCAGGGGGACCGACAUCUGGAAGUCCUUCGCGGACUGCCUCUACCAUAGCCUCAUCGACGCAGGGGUUCGCGCCUUCAGGGACAACGAGGAGCUUCAUGUAGGGGAGGAGAUUGGCCCCAAGCUGAUGAAAUCAAUCAAGCAGUCGAAGAUUGGGAUCCCCAUCUUCUCCGCGGAUUAUGCAUCAAGCAAGUGGUGCCUGUUGGAGGUGGCGGAAAUGGUGAAGUCCAUGAAAGAGAGCAAGCAGCUGAUCAUGCCAAUAUUCCUGGACGUAACGCCUGAUGAGGUCCAACACCAGACGGGGAGUUAUGCCAAACCGUUCUCCCGGCACGAGAAGAAUUUCGAUCAGGAGAAGGUCCGAGCAUGGAGGGACGUGCUGAAGGAAGUUGUGAAGCUGAAGAGUCUGGAACUGGAUAAAGUGGCAAACGGACAUCAAGGUGAGUUCAUAAAAUUAGUCGUUGCAAAGGUCAUUAGAGAACUGAAGAAGUCUUACUUGGAAGUGGGUACUGUCAUGGUUGGAAUCGAGGAUCGUGCAGAAGAACUUAUGAAAAAGUUAGAAGUUGGCAUAGAUGAUCAUGUUCGGGUCGUCGGGAUUUGGGGCAUGGGCGGCAUAGGGAAGACAACUCUAGCCAAGUUUGUCUACAACCAAAUCGUAGACAAUUUUGAAAGUUGUUCUUUCCUUAAAGAUAUCCGAGAAAUGUCCUGGCAUCCUAGAGGCCUUCAAAACUUACAGAGUCAAUUGGUCUCCGACAUAUUAAGGCUUGAGCAGCAGGCCUAUGCUAACGUAGAGGAAGGAAUCAAUGUGCUUAGGGAAAGGCUUUGCCACAAGAAAGUACUGAUUCUUCUCGAUGAUGUCGACCGCAUCAACCAGAUUAAAGCUCUGGCAGCAGACGUUGGUUGGUUUGGCCGAGGAAGCAGGAUCAUCAUCACGACCAGAGAAAAGGGAGUCUUGGAUCAAUUUCAAGUGCAAGAUUUGUACGAAGUCGCAUUACUGGAAGAAGGUCAUGCUUUAGAGCUCUUCUGCAUGCACGCAUUCAGAGAUAAGUCACCCCGACCUGACUUGGCCAAAGAAGCAUUGCAGAUCGUUAACAUAACUGGACGGCUUCCUCUGGCUCUUGAGGUUUUGGGAUCAUAUUUAUCUGUCUAUGGUGGAAGGAAGGAUAUGUGGCAUUGUACAAUAGAGAAGUUGAAAAUUAAACUUGACAUGGUUGAUGUCCGAGAUAAGUUGAAAAUAAGUUACGAGUCAUUGGAACGUGAGCAAAAGGAAAUAUUCCUUGACAUUGCAUGCCUUUUCAUCGGUAUGGAUGUCAGGCUAGUGAUUCCUAUGUGGAAAGAUACUAAACUUUCGCCAGAAGUGGGAAUCGAGAUCCUCCAACUAAAGUCAUUGAUUAAAAUCGGAGAGGACAAUAAAAUAUGGAUGCAUGAUCAACUCAGAGAUCUUGGUAGAAGCACUGUUGAACAAGAAGAUAAAGAACCAGGAUGCUGGAGUAGGCUGUGGCACGGUGAAGAUGCAUUUGAUGUAUUAGUGCAACAACAGGGAAAAUCAAAAGUGGAAGCCAUCAGUCUAGAAGGAUGUCAUUUCAUGGAGGAAGCAGAUUGUCUUAACGAUGAGAUGUUUAGGAAACUGUCAAGGCUGAGAAUUCUUGAACUCGCCGUUGCAAGGCUUGAUGGGAACUUUCAGGGUCGUUUCCGUCAGCUGAGAUGGUUGAGUUGGCAUAGAAAGAACGUAUCUCCGCCGACCAAUUUAAUUCUGGGGAACUUAAUUGUUCUCGAUUUGUCAAGGAGCUUAAUUCGUGAUGAUUGGAUUGGUUGGAAAUCGAUCGAGUUUGGGUCGAAGCUAAAAGUUCUCAAUCUUAGUAAGUGCCCAAUAAGCAGAACUCCUGACUUCUCAGCAUUUCCGAGCUUAGAGAGCUUGAUUCUCGAGUCCUGCCAGGAGUUGGUUUGGGUUGAUCCAUCAAUAGCGCUUCUAAAGAAUCUGAUCCUCUUAAACUUGAGGGACUGUAAGAGACUGGAGAAGUUGCCGGAGCAAUUGGGUUCCAUGGAGUCACUAGUUGAGCUUCUUAUUGAUGGUACACGGGUCAAAGAAUUACCGAUAUCGAGAGGUAUGAAAAAGCUUGAAGUUCUGUCUGCUGAUAGAUGUAGACUUUUUCAUGAAAUUCCAGCGUCUGUUGGAUCCCUUGUGAAUCUAAGGAGACCCUCGUUAUUACGUAGUGGGGUAAAGGAACUUCCGAACUCCAUUGGGCAGUUAACCUCAUUGGUUGAACUGAUCUUGACGGGAACUGACAUCAGAAGGUUGCCGGAUUUCGUUGGAGAUCUACAUGAUUUGGAAUUGCUCAUGAUCGAUGCCACAUAUGUCAGUUUUUUACCGGGUAACCUAAGAAGCUUAAAGAAGCUCAAAGUUCUCGAUGCCAGGUUUUCUCCACGGGUGGCAGCAGGAUACCAAAUAAUUUCCGAUGAAAUUUUGAGUCUAUCUUCUUUGAGGGUCUUGAGAAUUUUUAUGAUAAAGAGCCUCCCGGCGAGUAUGAGCACUCUCUCAUGCCUCGAGACCCUUCAUAUUUCUAAGCCAGAUCUUCAGACCCUCCCCGAGCUUCCGUCUAGCUUAAUUAGUCUAGAAGUUCAAGAGGCAUCAGCAAUGACUUCCGUAAACCUCGUGAACUUGGUUAAUCUAAAAGAAUUGCUUUUGUUUCGGACUUGUGAGCUCAAGGAGCUGGAAAGCGUCUCCAGCUUAAGGAAGCUCGAAAAAAUGUUUUUGUACUCCGUGAAGAUAUCUACCUUACCGGAAGAGAUAGGUGCAUUUGUCUCCCGUCUUAAACAUCUUGUUAUUGAUGGUUGCCACGGACUUAAAAGGCUCCCCAUACUUCCCUCAAGCCUGUUAGUUUUGAGGAUCUUGUUCUGCCACUCACUUGAGAGGUUGCCAGACCUUUCAAACUUGAAGAAUUUGUCGAAAUUAUGGGUUAUGGGAUGCCGGAAGCUCAGUAAAAUCGAAGGCCUUGGCAAUCUCUUGUCCCUGAAGGAUUUGGAUACAAGUGGCUGCCCUUUAACGUGGCUGGACGGUCCCGAGAGGCUUGACCCUUUGCACAACCUCAAAAGGUUACGUAUCAACAGGUGCACGUCGCUUACGCGUUUACCCGAGCUGCCACCCUCUUUGGAGGAGUUAUCCCUUACAGGCUGCGACCAAUUGGGCGAAAUUGAGGCGGUUGCAGAGCUGGAGUCGCUGCAAGGGUUGGAUAUAAGCAGUUGCAGAUCACUCAUGAAGUUGCCGAACCCAUCAAAGUUGCAGAGGCUGGAGGUCUUCCGCAUGGGUGAUUGUGAGAGCAUCACGAAAAUUCCAGGACUCGAGGAACUGAGUAAUCUGCGGGAGUUGAACAUAUUUGGAUGCAAGGCACUUAGGUUACCCAAUCUCUCAAAGCAGCUGAGGGUAAUAACCCGAAAUUAAGUCCUUUUCGUGUGCGCGCUUUCUCUCGUUUUCAUGAUCACUUGAGCUGCCCGGAAAAGAAGAGCACUCCCCCUCUUCCACUCCGCCUUGUUCUCUUCCACCUUCCCCGAGCAGGACGAAGCGACAGGUGGAUUGAAGGGAGAAAUAGCACAUGGCACUCAAGCUCGACACAUGGAAAGCAAGCUUUGAGUAUAUCUAUAUAUCAAAUAUUGUAUAAAUUGAUAAAUCUCAAAAUUAAUUGCAAAAUCAAUGGAAAUUUACGUAUAUAACCCCCGAAAAUUCGGGAUGUUACUGGCUGCGGAUCUGUAACAAUUCAAAUCUAGACCCCUAUCAGUCCCAUAUCUCUUCUAGCUAGUUUAGCUUUUAUGUAGGUUAGUCUGUAGCCAUUAUAUUUAUUUAUGAGUUUGACUUCCUGUUCUUCUUGAUUCCGAUCGAUAGACGUCAGUGUGUGUGCAAACUAAA